AUGACUGUAAAAGGCUUUGCUCCUAGUCUAUCGCCUGUUACCGUAUCUUUGAAAGCAGUCGAUAUCGCAUUGUGCGACGAUCAGAUGGAGCCUUCUAGCAAAAAACGACGUCUCGCACCCAAAGUUGCCGAGCAAUCUACUCAAGAACAAUCAUCCCAAGCUAAAUACGAUUAUAAAGCUAUGCCGAAUCUACAAGAGCCCGCACCUUCGAACGAGCGGAGUGACUUCGAGUCUUUCGCCCGUCACUUACAAGAUGCAGCCAUGCUUAUCUAUGCGCAAGCAAAUCGAUCUCCAUACAAGGGCGUUACAGUACUUCUGUUGAGAUGGGAGGAAGAUUUGAAUGUCGAGCAAGAUCUUUUGGUCCUGCAGAAGGUUUUCCAAGAACGCUUCAAUUUUCAUACCGAGUCCUGGAACAUUCCUAAUGGCCCAAAUCCUAACAUUAAGCUUGUCAAGCAACUUGCACAUCAUAUUGAGUUAACUGCGCCUAAUAAUCUUUUAAUUGUCUACUAUGCAGGUUAUGGCUUUGUGGGUUCGGAUCAUCAAUUAUAUUGGGCCUGCAAUUCGCACGAAGAGGCACCAAAAUUUAAAUGGGAAGGUAUCAAAUAUCUACUUGAGGACGCCCAACCUGAUGUUUUACUUUUACUGGACUCAUGCGCUACUACGGAUUCAUCCGUUGCAGGAAGCCAAGGCAUUAAGCAGGGAAUUGCUGCAUACAGUCCAGAUCAGGCUACACGUGAACCAGGAACACGAUCAUUUACAUUUCACUUGUCGGAAGCUCUUAAUAAACUUGGUACUGGCCGUCCUUUCAGUACGCAACGACUCCAUGAGGAAAUCAUUUCACAAAAGCACAAUGGAUUUCUGGCACACACAGGACUUACAAAUGGAGCAGGAAAGGCAGCUUCCACUAACGAACGGAUGCCAGUAUCUUUCUCCUUAACCCCUGGAUCAUUGCAAAGCAUUUCACUUUCCCCCCUAAGUCAGGCUCCAAGACCAAGUACGUCAAUGGGGUCUGCAACAGGUUCCCCAGAAAAUAAUGCUCAAGGAUCAAACACCGAUGAGCCAAUCAAGGCCAACUCAAAUUCUGACCUGACUUUUGAGGAAGUUAGAGCAUUGGUCUGUACAACUUUUGUUGGAGAACCCAGUCAAGAUAUGGCAUCUUUUAAGCAGUGGCUUCACAAUACUCCCUUGGCAGCAUCAAAAAUUGCUGUUGAAGGCAUGUUUCACGGACCGCCUACCAUUCUCCUUGUUUCUAUGCCCAUUGCAGUGUGGAACGUUCUAGCUGCAGAAGGAAUUUGUUUGUUCUUGGGCUACAUAAAUUCCCACAACAUGACGACGGAUUAUCAACAUUUGAUUGGAGCAAUUUCCCCUGUCAACAAAGCAGCAACUUCCAAGGAAUUGGAAGAUGGUAAAAUCCUACUUGAAGCUCGUGAGGCUGCUGCAUCUACACCUCUAAUGACCAGACAUGAAUCAGUUCAACUAGAGCCAGCUAGACAACAAGAAAUUAUUCAACAAACUCCUUCUCGACAGGAACCUUUAAGACAAGAUCCGAUCAAUUCCACACCUCAAUCAAUUCCUCAAGUAUUAUAUCCUGAUACUAGUAUACCAAAUCUCCCAGAGCAUACAGAUGACGUCGAAACAUCUGUCGAGAUGCAUGAGGCAGCUGAACAACUUAAGGCUUUAAGUCAUGUACGACAUGUCAGUCAUGAUCAUCUAACUCCAAAUGACAGAAAUCACUCUCACAUAACAGCUGAAGAUUCUCCAGGUCUCAGAAGUGGUCGAGAAGAAUCAGCAUCAUCACAGGAGCAAGGUGAAUCUGGCGGAGAGGAUCAAAUGUACAACUCGGAAAUUAUUUCACCUGCUUCCAGACCUAAGCCCCGGAGGUCGUCACAAAAGCAAGGCCCUAAGCAAGAUACCCGAUGUUCAAUGUGCAGUCAUGCACCGUUCAAAGAUUCCUCUUCCUUGCGAAAGCAUAUUGCUGCAGCACACACAAGACCAUUCCCAUGCGCUUUCUCCUUUGCCGGAUGUGCAAGCACUUUUGGUUCUAAAAAUGAAUGGAAACGUCACAUCGCUUCUCAACAUCUUUGCUUGACAUAUUAUCGCUGCUCUUCUUGUCCUCAAAGCACUGUUGAAGGCAAAGGCAAUGAAUUCAACCGCAAAGAUCUCUUUACUCAACAUCUCCGACGUAUGCAUGCACCUUUUGCAAUCAAGAAAGCUCUUGCCAAAGGCGACUCAAAACUGCAACUUGAGUGGGAAACUCAUGUUAAGGAAAUGCAAGCUUCGUGUUUAGUAACCAGAAGACAGCCACCUCAAAGGUCCGCAUGCCCGAAACCAGAUUGCUCAAAUGUAUUUGAGGGCGCGGGAAGUUGGGAUGACUGGACUGAGCAUGUAGGUAGGCAUAUGGAGAAAGGGGAAGCAAAUAGGUUGGGCGUUGAUAAGCAUUUGGCGAGAUGGGCACUUGAUGAAGCCAUUAUUGAACCCAAGGGAGAUGGAUCUAAUGAAUACAGGUUAUGCGGUACAGAGCGAGAAGGUAGCGGUGUGAUAACUGGUAAUGGAAAUGCAAGCGGCUAUUAUUCGGAUGGUGGAAAGAAGGAAAUGGAUAACUCCAAAGAUGGGCUUGAGAGCCUAAUGGGCUUGACAGGUGAUAGUAUGGUCAUUGACGGUUGA